AUGUUGACUUCCGGUUCCCGUUCUUCACUCAGGGAAAAAGUACAAAACAAUAAUUGUUUGCAGUCUAAAGAGCGCGAGCGGCUGAAGAUGAGAAUGGUCGUCCUGGAGGAGCGCGUGCGGGCCAUGGAGGCGGAGUCCCGAGGCGACCAAGAGGCGGUCCUAAGGCUGGCGUCCGAGCUGGACCGGGAGAGGAAGAAGUCCGCCAGCAGCUCGGCGGCUGUGCAAGAACUCAAAGCGGACCUGGACGGACUGGUGCUGGUGCGGCUGGAAAACGAAGACCUGGUCCAGAGACUGCAGGCCAGCAGGAGAGUGACGGAGGCCAGCAGGCGGGAGUCUGGCUGUCUGGAGGGGCAGGUGCAAGACCUGGAGAAGAAGCUGCAGAGCAGUCAGAGACACGCCCGGGAGGCCCAGGACCAAGUCCUGCAGGUCCUCCGUAAAGUCUCCUCUCUCAUCCCGGACCAGACACCAGUCCCAGUCCACGGCCAAGACCAGGAGGCGUCGCCGACCCUGGACCAACUCUGCAGUCGGGUGGAGGCUCACCUGGGCGACGUGUGUCAGCAGCUGAGCGAGGAGAAGCAGCGAGGUCAAAGAGCCCAGCUGGCCGAGCAGCAAGUGUCAGACCUGAGGCAGAGACUUGAGGACGUGGAGGCGGAGCUCCUGGCGGCGGACGAGCAUCAUCACGCCAUGCGGCUGGACCUUCAGCACCAUGAAGACUUCUUGGAGCGGCUGACGGACGCCAUGAAGGUGGACGCCAUGGCGGCCGACGUGGGCCCCGACAUGAGGCUGCCGCUCAUCCUGUCCCGGGCGGAGCAGCUGGUCAGAAGCGAAGGCGACGCUGUGAUGGAGAGCAAGCGUCUGACCUUUAACCUCCAACGCAAGCUGAAGACCCAGAAGGAGCAGCUGGAGAGCAAAGGUCUUCACAUCCAGAUGUUGAGGAAGAAGCUGGAGGAGGACAAAAGGAGCAAGUCGGUGCUGGAGGACGUCCAUGCCGAGUCCGCACGCCUGCGGAAGAAAGUGGAGCGUCUCCAGGGCGAGCUGAGGGCCUCCAGGCAGUCACACGGCCUGCUGAAGAGCCGCCUCUCCGCCGCCGACCUCAAGCUGAGGCUGGAGGAACAGGGCCAGGUCGUGCAGGAGCAGAAGAAGAAGCUGAGACAGCUCCGGAAGGGCAAAGGUCACGCCGAGAAGCUGGUCGACACCUUGACCUCUGACCUGCAGAGUCAGGAGAAGCAGAGCAGGGACGACCGAGAGCGACUCAGCAGUCUGACGAGCAGCCUGGCUCAGCUCUCCGCCUCUGAGAGAGAGCUGACGGACUUCCGCAUGGUGGUUUCCCGCUUGCUGGGCUUAAACGCCUCGUCAUCCUCCGCCCUCCCCAACCAUGAAAUCAUCCGCCUGCUGGAGGACCUCCUCCACUCCCAUCAUCACCAUGGAAACGCACCUUGGCUGUGCACGGCCCACCAUGGCGCUCAUCUCUCACAUCUCUCCUACUCACAUGCUAGCGGCGGCCAGGGGGAGUGA